AUCGGGUAGCGACAGUCCAUACUGUUGUGUUGGAGAUUUAGUUAUCGCGGAAGUGACAGUAAAGAGGAGGCAGUCCGCCGAGUGAGCCGGCUGACAGAACAAUACUUCCGUGUAGAAAGCAUUUGCCGUUUCCACACAGUGAAGUUCGUCUUCGGUUUGCUGCAGUUCUGGCCUUAUUAUCUCUGCGCUUCUUCUCCGACACCGUUUGUGUUCCAGAAUGUUCAGGAUUUUCAGUGGCUUGGUGUUUGUUAGUGUUGUGAUCACUUGCUUUAUUUCUUUGAUUUUGGAGCAAUACAACACUGGUGAGCACCUCAGGAGAAGUCUCCACUCCCCUAAUGAGAGGAAGAAACGCGCCUACAGCCUUGGCAAUGCGCCCCCUUACCCAGGGGCAGACGAUGACAACUUGCUUUGGUUCGUGCAGAUCUCUGAUAUUCACAUCAGUCGUUUUUAUGACAAGUCAAGGAUAUCUGACUUAGAAAAGUUUUGUACAGAAACUGUAGAUGCUAUCAAUCCAGCUAUUGUACUUGUAACAGGGGAUCUAACAGAUGCAAAGACGGAGAAUAAAAUGGGAUCUCUACAGUAUGAAGUUGAAUGGCAGGCUUAUAAUAAUAUCUUAAAGAGAUCAAGGGUGUUGGAGAAAACCAAGUGGAUUGACAUAAGGGGGAAUCACGAUACCUUCAACAUUUUCUCUCUUGACAGUGUCAGCAAUUAUUAUAGAAAGUACUCAGUGCAUCAGAAAGAAGGCUCUUUUCAUUAUAUUCACCAAACACAUUUUGGAAAUUAUUCUUUUAUCUGUGUUGACGCAACACUCAAACCUGGGCUGAAGCAGCCAUACAAUUUCUUUGGAAUCUUGAACAAGACACAGAUGCAAGAGCUUUCAGAUUUGGCCACUAAAAGUUUUAGCAGCAACCUUUCUGUCUGGUUUGGGCAUUACACAACAUCCACCAUUGUCUCACCAUCUCCAGGAAUAAGAGAGGUAAUGAGCUCAGCAGUGGCAUAUCUUUGUGGACACCUCCACACAUUUCGAGGCCUAAUGCCAGUUCUACACAGCCGUCACUCACAAGGUACCCUGGAACUAGAGCUUGGAGAUUGGAUGGACAAUAGGAGAUAUCGUAUCUUGGCUUUUGAUCACGACCUAUUCAGCUUUGCAGACUUGAACUUUGAAGAGUGGCCAGCAGUCCUUAUCACCAACCCUAAGUCAGCUUUGUACUCCAAUCCUGUGGUAGAGCCACUAGGAAAAAUCCAGAACUCUACACACAUCAGGGUCCUGGCAUUUUCAGAAGCACCAAUAACUGCUGUGCAUGUAGAAAUUGAUGGAAAAAGUAUGGGAAAUGCCCAGCAAGUGAACAAGUCUCUAUUUACUCUAAAAUGGGAUCCGAAAAGCUAUAUCAAGGGACUGCAUUAUAUUGAAGUUAAAGUGGAGGAUGCUGCAGGAAGGUCAGCUGUGGCCAGGCAUGAGUUUUCUCUUGAGGAGGAUGUGUCUCUAAGUUUUGGGUUAAUGCAGUCUUUCAUCCUACUGACUGAUCAUUAUAUUAUAGCUAGAGUGCUCUUUGUGUUCCUGACACUGUUUAACAUUGCUGUUAUUGUUACCUUCAGAUAUGUGAGGCGGCCUGCACCUCAAGCUUUAUUUUCCCAAGCAAGACUAUCUCUCCAUUUCUUUAGUAAGACAAACUGGUUUUACUAUAGCUGCCUCCUGCUGAAUGUCUGGACUGCAUUUGGUCCCUGGUUUAUCUGCGAAAUGAUUGAUGGCCACAUUGGGGCAUGUUUCUCCUUUGGUGUGCUCCUUGAUGGCUAUGUCUUGGAGGGAAUCUUAACUUAUUUUGUGGGUAUUCUGCAGAUGAUUUUCUUCAACCUGCCUGUACUCUGUUACCUCUGCUGGAGCCUGAAUCACCGCUACAGUGGGAUUGGAUUUCUCGCCCAUUUUCGAAGUACCGGCCUCAUACGGGCUGUGACAGUAAAUCUGAUCAUGCUGGGUCUUCUGGUAUGGCAGACUUACUCUUGUUACUCCCUGAUGAAGAGAUACGGCCUGACUGCGUGCUUUCUGUCCCCGGUACGCCUGUGGGCUCUCCUGCUCAGUCUCUUCCUAAUUCUGAAAGCGUGGAACUGCACACUACCAAACACAACGAAUGACACAGUGUCUUGAAUGCUGCUUGAGUGUAUUUUGUUUUGACAUCUUGAAGUUUGUUCUUAAUUCCUUUUUUCCAUUUUGUGAUUUUUAUGAAGACAGAUGAGCUAUACUUGAAUUUUACGCAGAGCAUGUCUGCAUAUGGUCAAUAAUUCUGAAGGGACUCCUUCAUAGUGACCCAAAUCUUGCACAGAAGGAAACGACUACUUGAAUUCAUUGCUCAAUGGGACACAAAAGAACAAAGGUCAGUGGAAAAACUUUGAGCAGAUGCAAGCAAUUCUUAAAAAAAGUGUCACUUUUCUACGUAGGCCGCAUCAUAAAGAGAUCCUUCUCUCA